AUGCGUACAAACAUGGUUGCAUUUUGUCAUCUUUUGCUGCUUCAAUCGAGCUGGGCCAUUGAUAUGCACAGCUCGUAUUGACAAUUUCAGUAAACAAGGCGCAUUUUUUAUUAGCAAUGCUCUGCAACGUUCCAACUAGCCUUUGCACCAACAUACGUUCGAUCAAUUGAUCGAUAUGAAUACAAACAAUUAUGCAAAAAACAAAAAUCAAAAUGUCCCAAAAAAGUCGCCCGAAGCCAGCAGAAAUUCCAUAGCAGGCAUCCACCCGCCCCUCUGAGUAUCGUACUCAGACAACGAAAUCGAAACGAAAACGAUUAAAAUUAAAAAAAAAAAAUAUUUGUAAUAACCCAAAUCCGAGCGAAAACGAAAUGAAAAAUGCCAACUUCCGUUGUGGUAUAAAAUCACAAUACGUUCCGUGUAAUGCUACUAAAACACAACUACACCUAGGAGAACAAACAACACAUUCUCGGGAUAUAUAAAAAUGAAAUUAUUCAUUGUGCUAGCUUGCAGCUUGGCCAUUGUGGCCGCACGGCCGGAGCCUCCGAAAAGCCGCUAUGGACACCCUGCCGCACCUCCAGCACCACAAAAGGAAUACCUGCCACCCAAACCUGCUGAACAGUAUGGCCCGCCACCUACCCAACCACCAGCUCAACCUCUACCCAUCUAUGGUCCUCCAGCUCCUUUCUAUGGACCUCCCGCCGAGACCCUGGUAACCAAAAAUGUGUAUGUGCAUGUGCCACCAGAGGAGCCUGAAGUAUAUGCUGCCGCUGCUCCCAUCCAGACAGCUGUGCCCAAGAAACACUACAAGAUCAUCUUCAUAAAGGCACCCAAUCCACCGGCCCCUGUUCGCCAAGUGCUGCCGCCACCUGUGCAAGACGAACACAAGACUUUGGUCUAUGUGUUGGUGAAGAAACCCGAAGAGCAACAGCCUUUGAUUUUGCCCACACCACAACCGACAGAGCCCAGCAAACCCGAGGUCUAUUUCAUCAAGUACAAGCAACAAAACAAGCCAGCCGAACAAUAUGGUCCACCACCGGCUCCUGCCGACCAAUAUGGACCACCAGCGUCUGAGAAAUUCUAGAUUUAACAUCAUCCACCCCCUCUACCAACCCAAAAUAAACCAACUCACCUAGUUCUUCGUUUUGUGUAAAUAUGUAUUUUAAACGAAUCACAUCUAACCUGCUUCAAUUAUCUUCACCCCAUAGUCCCAUCUCAUUGCAAACACAUAUGUCUCUGUUAACAGUUAACUCUUAGAACAAACUAAGUUAGUUAACUGAAGAUUUCUUGCAUUGUGUUGUUAUUUAAUUUUAUAUAAUUUUUUUUUUUGUGAUAGAAUAGUGAGUGAGUGAUACCUAAGUGUACAACGAAUCAUUUAAAUAAA